UCUUCCACGCAUCUCUCCACUACUAUCUAUCUAGUAUCCAUCUUCUUCACCCUGCUGAUGGAUCUUCUCCUUCUCUGCCUUCUCCUUAUGUUCGGUUCUGUAGCUGCUCAGCCCUCUCCGGGAUACUACCCCGGUUCUUUAUUCAGGCCUUUAAGAUUCUACCAAGGCUACAGUAAUCUUUGGGGUCCUCAGCACCAAUCAGUCUCCCAAGACCAAUACUCCCUAACGAUAUGGCUUGACAGCAGCUCAGGUAGCGGAUUCAAGUCGACUCGCCCAUACCGAAACGGCUACUUCGCUGCUUCGAUCAAGCUUCAGAGUGGCUAUACUGCAGGAGUGAAUACGGCCUUCUAUCUGUCGAAUAACCAGGCUCAUCCGGGGAACCACGACGAGGUCGACAUCGAGUUCCUCGGCACCACCUUUGGGAAGCCCUACACUCUCCAGACCAACGUGUACGUUCGGGGCAGCGGCGACGGCAGGCUCAUCGGCCGGGAGAUGAGGUUCCACCUCUGGUUCGAUCCCACCGCCGACUUCCACCGAUAUGCAAUGCUCUGGAACCCCGAUGAGAUCAUAUUCUUCGUGGACGAUGUGCCGAUAAGAAGGUACGAGAAGAAGACGGAGGCGACGUUCCCCGAUCGGCCGAUGUGGAUGUACGGCUCCAUCUGGGAUGCGUCGUCAUGGGCGACCGAGAACGGCAAGUACAAGGUGGACUACCAGUACCAGCCGUUCGUGGCGAGGUACACCGACUUCAAGAUCGGGGGGUGCUCGGCGUUCGCGCCAUCCGGUUGCCGGCCGGUGCGGGCCUCGCCGUCUGGCGGCGGCCUCAGCCCGCAGCAGCGCGCGGCCAUGGAGUGGGUUCAGAGGAACCACCUGGUCUACGACUACUGCCAGGACUACAGCAGGGACCAUUCUCUCACUCCCGAGUGCUGACCAGCUCGUUGGAGAUGGUCUUGGUCGUCGUCGUCGUCCUCCCUUCGCGCUGUUUCCAUGCUUUUUAAGUGUUUCUUCCUCCAUGGAAGGGGCGCCCUGCUACUGUGUGUCAGUUGCGGAGGCGUUGUGUGGCUGUACUGUGCGAUACAAUUGCUUUGGGUUGCUUAGACACGAAGAAAGCAACAUAAAACAUAUAACAAAAGAAGCAUAUGAAAAUUCCAGUCUUACAUGCUAUGUAAGACUGUUUGGUA